AAACGCCCUUCCAUUAGGUGGUAGUAACGAUCAUCACAGCGGGCCACCAUCACAAAAAAGAAGAAAAAGCGUCGUGGUUGUCUGAAGAAAGCAACCGAAUUUUUGCUUCAUAUUGAUUUGAUGUAGUAGUACUUUCUACUUUGUUUAAGGGAUUUCUGCUGCUGCACAAUCCACAACCAAGAAUUUAAGCUUUUACCUUUUGGCAAAUGAAGGAAAAUAAGGAGAACACGACUCCUGCCAUUCACAUAACCAAUCUGGACCACAUUAAACCAUGCUGGUACUGGGACAAGAAGGACUUGGCACACACGCCAUCCCAGUCCGAGGGCCUGGACCCGGCUACAGAGGCCCGAUACCGCAGAGAAGGAGCCAGGUUCAUCUUUGAUGUAGGAACUCGACUUGGGCUACAUUAUGAUACGUUGGCUACUGGAAUUAUAUACUUCCACCGGUUCUACAUGUUUCACUCUUUUAAACAAUUUCCAAGAUAUGUAACAGGAGCCUGCUGCCUGUUUUUGGCUGGAAAGGUUGAGGAGACUCCAAAGAAGUGUAAAGACAUUAUCAAAACAGCUCGCAGCCUACUCAACGACGUGCAGUUUGCCCAGUUUGGGGAUGAUCCGAAGGACCCGAAGCUGAGGAAAGUGUGGGCUCACCUGCGCAUGCGCAGUAGGCUUCGCGCAUGCGCAGUAGGCUUGGUAGGACAAAUCCAAGAGGAAGAAGUUAUGGUGUUGGAGAGAAUAUUGCUCCAGACAAUCAAGUUUGAUUUGCAAGUGGAGCAUCCAUAUCAGUUUCUUCUGCGUUAUGCCAAACAACUGAAAGGGGACAAAAAUAAAGUGCAGAAGUUGGUGCAGAUGGCCUGGACGUUUGUGAAUGAUAGUCUCUGCACCAUGCUUUCGCUUCAGUGGGAGCCAGAGAUCAUUGCUGUUGCAGUCAUGUACUUGGCUGGUCGCCUGUGUAAAUUUGAUAUCCAGGAGUGGACGUCCAAACAAUCGUCCCGCCGUUGGUGGGAGCAGUUUGUACAAGAUGUCCCUGUGGAACUGUUGGAGGACAUCUGCCACCAAAUCCUGGACCUGUACUCUCAGGGCAAGCAGCCAAUUCCACAGCAGCCCCAACUGCAGGAGAAAGACAAACCCCAGCCUUCUCCUACAGGCCUGCUCAGUCAACCAGGAGGAAACCCUGCAGCUCUGCCACCAUCCAAGAAGAAUUCUCCUCAGGCCAGCCCACCACGGCAACUAAAACGGCAACAUCCUUCUCCAAAAGAAGAGCCAAAAGUUGCCACAGAGCAAGUUGGUUCUAAAAUACCAAGAUUGGAGAGCCCAAUGCCUCCACUACCAGUUAACCAGCCUCUUGAUCGCAAACCCCUGCCUUCAGCACCUGCCCCUCCUGCAGAAGCAGACCCAGCAGCCUCUGCUGAUUCAGACUUGCCAAAGGCUCCACCUCCACCCCAUGGGGCUCCGCCCCCUCUGCCUCACCGUCCACCUCCCCCACCACCCUCCAGCUACAUAAUGGGCAUGUCUACAACCAGUUCAUACAUGUCGAGUGAGGGCUAUCAGAGUCUGCAGUCCAUGAUGAAGACUGAUGCACCAUCCUACCCCCAUUUGCCCCCCUCUUAUGGGAUGCCUUACCACCCACAUGUUUACCCGCCUCCCAGUGCUCCUCCGCCAGGCCCACCACCACCACCACCAGCAUCUUACCCUCCUCCUAAUCUUCCUCCGCCCAGUCCAGCUUACCCACCACCAGGCUACAAUCACAGCUACCCACCACCUCCACCACCACGCAUGCCACCCCCGGGCAUGGCUUUACCUGCUGGGUAUCCGCCUCCACCAGUCCCCCCAGGGCAGCCGCAAGUGCCGAUGCCACCUGUUAUGCCGCCAGUGGCAAGCAUGAACCGUGGAGCCUGGAUGAGAUGAAAGAAAUGGAAAGUGUCAUAGGCAAUAUGGAUAGAUGGGCAUGUGCUUAGGAAUGGUUUAGUUCUAAAUAAAAUAUUCUCCAAACUUGUGUUGUCUCAGGAAGCUGGAUCAGAACAGUCCUUUUCACUCUAUUAGUCUGACAAGACUUGAGACAUAAAUGCACGGUUGACCAUUUCAGUAUGUUUUGUCAAGACUUGCUUGUAAGCACCUUUAGAAGGCAGGGUUGCACACACAGCUUUUUGUAUGGCUAGAUAUCAGAGUGCAUACCUGCCACAGUGCCCUGGGAUAGGCUAAAGUAAUGAUGCAAUUAUUGAAGAGGAAAAAAUAGUCCAUAAAAUUUGUAUUAGGUUAGCAUUAAAGGGCAGCUUCAGCAGUCCACCAAAGCACAGCAUGUGUACUUGUAUCAAUGUGUCAGUAGGAUAUAACCUGGGAGGUGUGGUUCUGACUCCUACUAUUGAGAUUGAUCUUGACAGCAUCAGACCUAACCAAGAUUGUGAUUAUUUCUUUGAAGAAAAUGUUUCUUGUUCAGAAUUGUACUGUAUAUCCAUUCCAUACAACCCUAUAAAAGUUAUUUGGACCUUUUUUGAGCUUUUGUUUAACACCUUUUUGUGCCAUUAGUUACAGCCAAAUGUGACCAGUUCUCAGAUGCAUCCAUAGAACAAUUACUGACACAGUAUGAGUGAACAUAUUCUGUAAAUACUUUUCAUGACUAGAUCUUAACUAGAAUCCUUUUAGCUGAUAAAUCUGCAGUGCAUGUAUACAGCAACGUUGGGAUUUACUUGGCAUUGGGUGCAGUAAUUCUUUUUCCUCUCCAAAUUAUUUCAUGCUCGCGCUUUUCAACUUUGAGCUGCUGUUGAACACUGGGCCUCAUUUAUCAACCAUUUAGUAACGUUGCAUGUAAAUGUUUAAGUCAAAUGCAAUUACAAGUUUCAGAAGGCUGAUUUUCUUCAUGUGUGUGUAUACUGAGAAAUCACCUGUAAAUUACCAGGCACAUGCAUGGCACCUCUAAUUUGCCAUUAGUGGGACCCACAAAACUCCAGAAAAGGCAAAGCUCACAGAGCUGAAAGUGCAAAAUGACAAACAACCAAAAAAAAGAAUUGCGCAGACACAGGAGUGGAAAUGGUCUUUGCAUACAAGAAUAAAAAAAAAUUUAAUAAUCAGCGGAAUCAUAACACUUGGAAAAUUUUUGUAACAGCUUUAAGUUCAAGAUUAAAGCAAGUAGAUCAGC